CUUGUGUCCUUGAUGGAUCAUUAACCUAAGCGGACUAAUCUUUAUUGUCUGCUAAAUGCGUUAAAGCUGACCAGAAUUCUUCCAGUUGCACGAGAGGUGGUGGGACUAUCAAUGAGCUACUGAUGACUGAAGUGACAGAGUUGAAGGCAAGUAUUUCAUAGAUCAACAAUGGUUGGAACAGGUGGCCCAGUGUCCACUUUCUCUGUUUGGGAUUACGUGGUGUUUGCUGUAACGAUUCUGGGAGCAGCCAGCAUCGGCCUUUUUCAAGCCAUCCGGGGUCGGAAGGAGACCAGCAGUGCAGAGUUUUUGUUAGGUGGACGACAAAUGACAGCGGUACCAGUUGCCAUGUCCCUGACAGCCAGCUUCAUGUCUGGCAUCACAGUCAUUGGCACACCUGCAGAGGCAUACCGGUUUGGCACUGCCUUCUGGCUCUUUGGUUUCUCGUAUGCCAUCAUGUCUAUCAUCACUGCUGAAUUAUUUGUACCACUUUUCUACCGACUGGCGAUCACCAGCGCCUAUGAGUACCUGGAGCUGCGCUUCAACCGGAUUAUGCGGCUGAUCGGAACAUCCAUGUACAUAGUGCAGACGGCUCUCUACACAGGCUUAGUUAUUUAUGCUCCAGCUCUUGCACUAAACCAAAUCACCGGACUGGAUCUCUGGGGAGUUCUGGUGGCAACAGGAGCAGUAUGCAUCAUCUAUUGUACUUUGGGUGGUCUGAAAGCAGUGAUCUGGACAGACGUGCUGCAGAUGGUGAUCAUGCUGGCAGGAUUUGUAGCUGUUAUAGCAAGAGGAGCCGUAAUACAAGGAGGUCUGUCAACAAUUUGGGAAGAUGCUGGCCAAGGAGGCCGACUGGAGGCAUUUGAUUUUGACCCAGAUCCUCUCAAGCGGCAUACUUUCUGGACCAUAGUGAUUGGUGGUAGCAUAAUGUGGGUGUCUAUCUAUUCCAUCAACCAGUCCCAGGUGCAGCGUUACAUCUCUUGCAAAACCUUGGGACAUGCCAAGAUGUCCCUGUAUGUUAACAUGGUUGGUUUGUGGGUAACAGUGAGUCUUGCUGUCUUCUCUGGUCUUACUAUGUACUCCAUUUACAAGAACUGUGACCCACUUUCAAAUGGCGACAUAAGUACUUCUGACCAGCUGCUGCCAUACCUUGUGAUGGACAUUCUGGCAGCCUAUCCUGGAAUCCCUGGCCUGUUCGUGGCUGCAGCCUACAGCGGUACCCUCAGCACGGUGUCCUCCAGCAUUAAUGCUCUUGUUGCUGUCACUGUGGAAGACUACAUUUUUCCGUUUUACAAAGAUUUCACACAGAAACAAGUAACCUGGAUGAACAUGGGCCUGAGUGUGUUCUUUGGAGGCCUGUGCAUUGGAAUGGCUGGAGUUGCUUCAGCAAUGGGAAGUGUUCUGCAGGCAGCUCUGUCUUUAUUUGGCAUGAUUAGUGGACCUCUUCUUGGCCUCUAUCUAUUAGGCAUGCUUUUCCGCACAGCCAAUUCAAAGGGAGGACUGGGAGGAUUGAUCAUUGGUCUGGCGUUAACUCUGUGGGUGGGGAUUGGAGCUCAGCUUUACCCUCCAACAACUGACAAGACAAAUCUCCUUCACACCAGCACUGCAGGCUGCAACAAAACAAUGGACCGAAAUAGCACAACAGCAGCUCCAUGGACCAGUCCAACAAUUCUGACUCCAAAACCAGCUUUCAGGCCUCCUUUAGCAGACACCUGGUACUCUCUGUCCUACGUCUACUUUUCUCUUUUUGGCAUGCUGACCACAAUAAUUGCUGGCCUGUUGUUGAGUAUAAUCACAGGCGGAUGCAAGCAAAAGAAGCUGAACUCUGAUCUCUUUGUGAGGAAGAGUGAUUUGAUAUGCUUCCGUGGCUGCCGUAAUUCAAAGGAAUCUGAUGAGAUGGAAAAGGCUCCAGCAGACCUUCACAUGGGAGUUGACAACAAAGCAUUUACAGCGAUGGAUGUAAUGAGCAAAGGAUCAGAACAUGCCACCAAACUAUAAUGCUGCCGUCAUCUAUAACACGUCUAAAGCAAGCUAUGGUUAUUUUGUAAAAAAAAAAAUCGCAACAAUGCAAGUUUUUCUGUUAAUACUCAUAUUUAAAACUGAACACUUAAGAUUAACUAUUUACACUGAAGACAUUUUUAAAGUUUGUAAUAAAGCCUGGGAAACCAAAUACUUUACAUAAAAAGAUUAAAGUCAGAAAGCAUUGUUUCUUAAUUAGUACUUGUAUAACAAGGCAAUCAAAAAGCACGAGGUUACUAUAGCUGAGUGUCUACGUUGAUUAAAAUACUUCCAUUUGAUGUUUAAGUGGUGUUGUUGCAGCAUUAUGUAAUCGUUGAUGUUUUUACAGGCGAUUUCUUAAAAAUACUAUCUGACAUUUCAUAUUGAAGCAGAAAGUCACUUAUUGUUGUAUGUUUUUGAAAUAUGUUGAACGCCAUUCGUUUCAUUUUGUGUUUAUUUUAUAAGAAAACUGUGCACUUUGUGAAAAAAUGUUUUACUUAAUAAAUAUUUUUUACUGUUUAAAAUCA